AAACUAAUAAGAUAAAGCAAUCAUCAUGUUGCAAGAAUUACUUAUCGUACUCUUAGUAAUUCUCGUAAAUUUAUUCUACUUCGCAAUAUUACGCCAUUCCUACUGGAUUAGAAAAAAUGUCCGCCAAUCGUUGCCUGUGCCCUUCUUAGAGGACAAUCUCCGUAAAUCAUUCGGAAUGGAAUCGUACUUGGAUAUGAUUAAGAGGCUUUACAACCAAUUUCCUGAAGAAAGAUAUUCCGGCUAUUAUCAGGUAGGAUGUCCAAUAUUGGUAAUCCGAGAUCCGGAGUUAAUAAGGAUGGUGACCAUCGACGAUUUUGAUCACUUCUCAGAACACAGGCACCUGUUACCUGAAGGCUUGGAUCCCUUAUGGAGCAGGAAUUUGUUUGCGUUAAAAGGUAAUGAAUGGAUAAAGAUGAGAACAAUCUUAGUUCAUGCAUUUUCUUCCGACAAAAUGCGAGCUAUGUUCUGGUUUGUAAAUAACUGUGCAAUACAGCUAAGGGAUUACAUUGCGAAGGAGACGCAAGAAGGUCCGAUAGUCCGCGAGGUGCAGGGCAUCUUCACGCGUUACACCAAUGAAGCAAUAGCGUCAUGUGCGUUCGGCGUCACGAAUAAAGAUGUAAUUGAAACCGGAAUCGAUUUGUACAAAGUGGGUAUGGCAAUUACAGACGUCAGUGAUUUAUGGAAAUCUAUAAAAUUGUAUCUAGUCAAUUACAUGCCUUCGAUCACCAAAUAUCUCAAUGUAAGAAUGUUUAGAAAAGAAUCAGCUGCUGACUUCUCGGCCGUAAUCGCCAAUAACUUGAAGAUGCGUGAAGACUUAAAUAUCGAGCGACCGGAUAUGAUCAAUAUAUUGUUAGAGGCGCGCAAAGGGAAUCUGAAAUUCAAAACUCAAGAGCAUGACUCCGACUUUGCUACGGCUCAAGUAUCUGAUAUCACGAAAGAUGUGGAAACAACGACGGAGAUUUCAGAUGUCGAUAUCACCGCUCAAGCCUUAAUCUUCUUCACCGCCAGCAUCGAAACCGUCUCCACUGCGUUGAUCUUCAUGAGUUACGAAUUAGCUAUGAAUCCGGAUGUACAGAAGAGGCUGCAAGAUGAAAUAGAUCAGAUGUCACUGAAUUCAAGAGGUAAAUUAAUAUACAAAUCAUUAUCCAAGAUGAAAUACAUGGAUAUGGUUAUUUGGGAAACCUUGAGGAAGUGGCCGUCCUAUGUUGCCGUGGACCGAUCUUGCGUAAAACCAUACACUAUUCAACCCACCAGACCUAAUGAAACUGCCGUUCAUCUGGACUUGGGUGAUGUUCUCCUUCUACCAAUCAUAGGCAUCCAUAGAGAUCCCGAAUACUUCCCUGAACCAGAUAAAUUCGACCCGGAGCGAUUCAACGAUGAGAACAUAGACAACAUAAAGCUCUUCACUUACAAUCCUUUCGGCUACGGUCCAAGAAACUGCAUCGGAUCCAGCUUCGCUCUUAUGGAAAUUAAAACAGUUUUCUUCCAUCUACUAUCAAAGUUCGAUAUUGAAAUAGUGGAACAAACAAAAGUUCCUGUAGAAAUCUGCAAGAAAAAGUACAAUUUAGCAGCCAAAAACGGAAUUCAUUUGGGAUUUAAAAGAAGACAAUUUUAAUCUUUAUAUUAAUUGGAGAUUUCAACUAAAUCUCGUAAUCUUAUAAAUCAAAAGGGUAUUUCAUAUUAUAUACCUUAUUUUAAAUUUUUAAAUCAAUAUUAUUCAAAUUUUAACAUACAUAUUGCCUAUGAAACAAUAGUAUAUUUGUAUUAAUUCAAUCAUUUGCUUUCAUACGGCUUUUCCAAAUGUUCUUACAGUUGACGGGCAUUUGCCCAAGAUAAACUUGUGUAUUGUGAAAAUAUUUUAAUUUGUUAUUUACUAAAACACAUAUUUGUAAUUUUUUGUCAAUAUAGAAAUUACAUAUUAUCCAAAAU